UAAUAAAUUUGAGGAAUAGGGGGGAUUGGGAGAAGAGAGCUGGAGGAGGACCUUAUCCACUGCGGGAAGAAGAGUGUAGUAAUUUGCCUAGGGAUUGUUAUGAGUCUGUCUGAAUGGGCCCCGCUUAACCCAACUUCACUUCCAGAUGUCUGCCACGUGUUAUCAUAGCCGACAGUUUAUACAACCACCUUCCCAUUCAGGGUAAUUUUAACGUCCCCUUUUUUCUUUUCUUUCUACCUUCUCUCUAAUCACACACCCAUGCAUGCAAACCAAACACACAAAUCAAUUUUUAUCAUUCUUCACUCUAAAACGACGUCGUCGUUAAACUACCCAUCUUCCCCGGGCACGUGCCUCCUUUGACUUUCCAUAUAUUUUCUCUUCCUCAACUUACUCCAUAUAUUUAAUCUCUCAUUAUCAUCCCUUUUUCUUUUCCAUCUAUCUCUGUCAAAAUUCGUUGGAGAGAGAUUUAUAAAUCUAAAAUCUUUUGAUUUUUUUUUUUUUUUUUAUAUACAUAUUGAUAUUGGUGUGUGUUGAGAGCUAAGACUUCGUUUUAGUUGGGUUAGUGUGUUCUAAAAUUAAAGAAAUUUAAAGAAAAAAGAAAAAAAAAAGUUGUUUUUUUUUUUUUUGUUCUUUUAGUGUUUCUCUCUCAUCUUACAUAGCCAUAACUCAUCACACUUCACUCUCCGCCACUCUCUCUCUCACUUUUUUCUCCUUCUCAAUCGCUAUUUUUCUCACUAUUUCCCCAAUUCACAAACUCCCCUCUUCGUUUUUGUCCACACUAAUGGAAGGACCCGAAUAUUUCCAGCCCGGUUUUUCCUCUCAAUUCUCCACCGAAGACCGUCAGUCCUCCGAUGCAAAUAAAACCACCGCCGCCGCCGUACCUCCCACUACUGCUGACCAUUUCAUCGUCGAGGACCUUUUGGACUUUUCAAAUGACGAUGACGUUGUCUUCACCGAUGGAGCUUUUGAUAACCAAACCCCUACCUCUACCGACUCCUCCUCUCUUACCUUACUCGAUUCAUGCAAUUCUUACCCCAAUACCGGCAAUGCCCACAACUAUCAUUUCGCCGACGCUAAUUUCUCCACUGACCUUGGUGUUCCGUACGAUGACUUGGCCGAGCUGGAAUGGCUUUCCAAUUUCGUGGAAGAUUCUUUCUCCACCGACGAUUUGGAGAAGCUGAGUUUGAUUUCCGGGAUGAAUUCCCAGACUGACGUCCAUGACGAUGACGCCUCAAAAACUCGAGAAUUCCAGAGCGGAUUCAACCACCGAAACCACUCACCCGCUUUUCGCCACGAAAUGUCCGUAGUUCCGGCGAAAGCCGCUCGUAGCAAGCGGUCUAGGGCGGCACCUUGCAUAUGGAAUUCCCGAUUAUCCGUACUCUCUCCCACAAAUUCCUCUUCCGAAACCGACGUUGUCGUCACGCUUACGCCACAUCCAAACACCGCCAAGAAAACCACGAAGAAGAAAGAAAUUCCGGACGACACGUCGUCCGCCGCCGGUAAUAACGGGGAAGGACGUAAAUGUCUCCAUUGUGCCACCGACAAAACGCCCCAGUGGCGAACGGGGCCAAUGGGUCCAAAGACGUUGUGUAAUGCUUGUGGGGUCCGGUACAAAUCCGGUCGUUUGGUACCGGAAUACCGACCGGCGGCGAGCCCGACGUUUGUACUGACGAAACACUCAAAUUCUCACAGGAAGGUUAUGGAACUCCGGCGACAAAAGGAAAUGAUGAGAGCACAGCAACAACAACAGUAUCUUCAUCAUGAGAGUAUGGGGUUUGAUCAUGUAUCAAACGACGACGAUUAUUUGAUCCAUCAACACAUAGGCCCACUCUAUCAAUAGCUUCUUUCCACCUCCAUCAAAUUUGAUUUCCUUUCAAGUUUUUUUCUGACAAUUAGAGAAGAAAAAGAAGAAAAAAAGAAAAAACUGUUUUUGAAUUUGGUAGCUAAUUAUAAUUUCAAAAUUCUGAUCUAGAGUUACUUUACCUUGAGUUAAUUUUUAGAUUCAAAUUUCUAACAACUUAAAUUUUGAAUUUAGCACACUGAUAAUUACUUUUCUUAAAGUUGUCUCAGCUUCUUUCCAUUCCCCUUUUUUUCUCUUUUUUCCUCAUCUUCUUCUCUUUAUUAUAUUCAUAUGAACUCCUAGCGUUUGACAACCGACAUUGAGUGAGUAAAAGAAACUCACUCAUCGGUUUACUAUCCCAUCCCUCAUUCGUGUCAAUUCUCCUAUUUCUUAUUUUGUUAUUCAUGCCAACUUUUUUAAUUACUCACUCAUAUAAUAGAAGAGAGGGGGAUGGUUUAUAGAAUUGUGUGAAAUGUUGGGGGGAAUUGAAAAGAAGAGAGAAGGAGGGGAGAAAAAAGAAAAGGUAAUGUCUUGAAGUUGGCAAAAGUACAGAUAAGAGGGAAAUUUUAUUACAGCAGUGGAUUUUAUUGAAAAAAGAAAAAAGAAACUGAGAAACAAAAAUGGCAGUAAAAUCUCAGCUGAUCCAAUGGAGGUUGAAAUAGAGAAUGUUGAGAAGAAAAAGAAAAAUCAGAGGUAAUAGAGGACUGGCAAUGAAUUGUACAAUGUGCACUGUACUUUUAAAGAAAGAGAGUUUUAGAAACAAAAUUUUA